AUGCAAUCAACAUUACAAAUGCAAUCAAUUUCUGAAAUUAUUACCCAAGUACAAUCAACAACUGGAGAAGUCCCACCGCCUUUAGUUGGUGCCUCAAUUUCGGUCGUAGGUGAUCAUGUCUAUGUGUUUGCAGGGAGACUAGUGGCAUCCCGUAAGAUGACAAACACCAUGUAUGUCCUUAAUCUCUCCACACUUGUGUGGUCUCGACAUAUUCCGUCGCCUGAUUCUGCACAGCCGCCACACCCUCGUUAUUUCCAUUCUGCGAGUAUUUACGAAAACAAAAUAAUUGUAUUUGGAGGCAUGGGCCACUCACCUGCAUCUGAAGAUGGACUGUGCGUCCUAGACGAUAUUAACGUAUUCGAUAUUGAAACUAUGGACUGGUUUAGGCCAGAAAUUUCUAUUUCUCUUUGCACACCUCGGCCACGAUAUGCCCAUUUAUCGACAGUAACUGGGGAUGAAAUGGUUAUUGUGGGAGGACAAGAUAUGUCGAACAAUUAUCUGGGUGAAAUGAACGUACUCGAUUUAAAAAAAUGGGAGUGGAUUCAUGUAAAUACCUUUGAAAAACAUGUCGGUGCCUACCGUUCUAUUGUCAUUGCCCCACCAGUGUCUGCACAGAUUCCCUGCGUGCCAGCAGAAAAUCAGGAUAAUAGAACAGACGCCAAGGAUCACCCUGGUACAAAUCGCACGAGCACCAUUCACCCUCUUCAUUCCCAGGGUAAUUACCUGUCCUCCCAAGGCACAAACCCCAUUUAUCUAUAUACGAACUACAACUUUUCAGACGUCAAACGGGAACUGCAGCUCGUGUUUGCCGAGUUGUCUUCUGUAUUUAAAGACUGUUCAUCUUCAAUGGCUGGAACACACAUGCCCCCGGGAUUACGCUUCCCCACCGGACAUGUAUUGGGCCAUUAUCUUAUACUUUCUGGCACAUAUUUGUCCCCCCAAAGUCAAUCUUAUACAAUGUGGGCCUUAAACCUCGACACAUUUAAAUGGUCACGCAUCGAGACUGGUCCUGUGUUUGGCAGUGGGUCAUGGAAUCGUGGUGUUCUUCAUGAAAAAACCAACCGCUUUAUGGUGUUUGGUAAUCGAGAUAGAAUUUUGCUGGACGACUACAAUAAUAGGCAGGUUAAUUUUGAGCAUAUUGCUAUUGUUGACAUGGAAGCCUUUGGUAUCUACAAAUUACCAGAAGUUACAUGUUCAUCACUUGCUCAAGAUAUGGGCCUCCGCCUAUUAAAUGAGCCUGCCGUGUCAGACUUCAAAAUUAUC